AUGGAUUCAUACGGAGCUUCACUCAACCGCAGCCAAUCAGUGGCGAGCGGCCUGGAGAAGACUUCACCCACGUGGAAGCCGUCCCACUCUCGGAGCAGUAGCACUCUGUCAUCUCGCCACUCCAGACAGAUUAUAAAAGAUUGGGAAGUGAUUGACGACCUUCAGGUAGACAUGCAGACAGGAGGUGAACAUGAUAUGACCAUCCCGGGUAUCUGUGAGGGAUAUCUUCUCAAGAGGAGGAAGUGGCCUCUUAAAGGUUGGCACAAGCGAUACUUUGUCUUGGAAGCAGGAAUCCUGCGUUACUCCAGAAAUCAGCAAGAUGUCUCCAGGGGAAGGGUACAGGGCUCCCUGGAUGUUAGCCUUGCAGUGAUGUCGAUAAAUAAGAAAUCGAAUCGGAUCGACUUGGAUGCAGGAGACAUUCUCUAUCAUAUGAAGGCAAAGAGCCAUGAAAUCUUCUACAUUUGGGUAACCAAGCUACAAGCGCACCGCUUGUACAAGAAGAAUGAGGCAGCUCAUCUUCACAGCGGCUUCCUCCAGACUUUGUCCUUUAGCACUGCAGCUGGACAAGCUCAGAGAAAUGGAGAUUUGAGCUCUGCAGGCGUGGCGGAUUCAGCUGGAACAUCUGGAGCGCUGCCUUCAGCUAACACCGCUGUGAACAGCAAAGUGUCUGCCUGGCUGCAGCAAAGUCACAACCCAGACAUCUGUGUUCAAGAGCUGAACCGUUGCCAUUUGGACCUUUCUGAGCUAAACCGUUUAAUCCAGAGCCUGCAGACAUUGGAGGCAGGCCAGGCUUUCACUAACGGAGACUUAAAGCGCAUCAUCAGCAUACAGAAUCUUUCGCUUGAGAAGCCGAAGAAGUCGAGGUCAGGGAAGAUGUGGGGUCACUCUCGCACACUUUCCAGAGUGGAGGCACUGGGAAUGCUGUCUUCCAGUCACCUGAGCAACUCGUCUCACCUUGGUGCAUCAGUCCCCUCCAUCCCUGACUACGUCUACUCCCAGCUGUCCCCUCCUACUGUCACACUGUCGCCUGAGGGCAAGAAAAUCCAGCAGGACAUCUGCGCCAUGUCGCUACGAGUGCUUGCUUCCCUGAAGUCAGUGCAUGAAACUCUGUCCCAGGAGAGGCAGAAGCUGCAGGAAGUCUGGGAAACUAACAACAUCCACCAGUCCAACACAUUAGCUGAGCCUGCAGUGGGGAGGCAUUCGUCCCACGGGCCUCCUUCAGUAGCAGAUUCAGCUGCGGAGUAUUUUGACGCCAGCGAUGACAUCCUUUGUGGUAGUUCCUCUGAGGUGUCUGAUGAAUCAGGACUUAGUGACGGAAGCACCACCAACUCUGAGCCAGAGGAAGGACAUGCCUCAGCCACCCGGAAGUACCGUGCCAGCAUUUCCAAGUCUCCUAACAGUGUCGUUGCCAAGAGCACUGGCCGGCGAACUACCCUGCCCGCUACCUGUCCCGACAACAGCCAUGUGGGCCUCAUGGCUAUCCUCUACAACAACAUAGGUAAAGACUUGGCUCGAGUGUCCAUGCCUGCUGCUCUCAAUGAGCCUGUUAACCUGCUGCAGCGGCUGUGUGAAGAGCUGGAGUACAGUGAGCUGCUGGAUACUGCCAGCAAUACAUCGGACCCCUACCAGAGGAUGGUUUACAUUGCUGCCUUUGCAAUCUCUGGUUACUCGACUGCGACGUUCAGAAACCGCUACAAGCCCUUUAACCCGGUGCUGGGGGAGACCUACGAGUGUAUCAGAGAGGACCGGGGCUUCCGCCUCAUCAGCGAGCAGGUCUGCCACCAUCCUCCCAUUUCUGCCUGCCACGCAGAAUCAGAGAAUUACUCCUUUUGGCAAGACCAGCGAUGGAAAAAUAAAUUCUGGGGGAAGUCACUGGAGAUUCUGCCAACAGGGAUGGUUAAUGUUACUCUUCCAAGGUAUGGAGACCACUAUGAGUGGAACAAAGUAGUGACCUGCAUCCACAACGUCCUCAGUCAGCAACGCUAUCUGGAGCAUUACGGAGAGGUCACCAUCCGCAACCUCAAAAGCAACGUCUGCACCUGCAAGAUCACCUUCGUCAAGUCUCGUUACUGGGGUUCAGAAACGAACAAGAAUGAGGUGCAGGGCACAGUGCUGGACCAAAGCGGGAGUAUCAUACACCGGUUCGGAGGUCUGUGGCAUGAAGGCAUCUUCUGUGACACUCUGCCCACUCCGAAAUGUGUCUGGAAGCCAAAUCCCCAGCCAAAGGAUUACCUGCAGUACUAUGGCUUCUCCACCUUCGCCAUGGAGCUGAAUGAACUCACCCCGGACCUGAAGCCUCUCCUGCCUCCUUCAGACAGCCGCCUGCGCCCAGACCAAAGGAUGCUGGAGGAUGGAAAGGUGGAAGAAUCAGACACGAAGAAAGAUGAAAUAGAGGAAUUUCAAAGGGAGCGGAGAAAAGAGCUGAGCAAAAAGGGUGAAGAGCACAUUCCACGUUUUUUCAAGAAAGCCAAAGACUCCUGUGGACGGGAUGUGUGGUUGACAAACGAGACAUACUGGAAGCUCAGAGAGAAUCCAGGUUUUGCUAAAACUGAAAACCUGAUUCUGUGGUGCUGA